AAUUAUGUUGUGUCGGAGUUCCGUGAUCCGUUGUUUGACAACGUCGAUACUAUAUAGCAUAACAAGUUCGUUCCGACCGUAUGUCGCAUGUCAUAUGGGCAACAGCAAUGCAUAAUGUUUAGACCAGUCAGUCACUCGCCGGCUUUCUACCAAACAAGUUACCGCCACUUAGUUCGUAGUGUGAAUAUGGGAAAAAUAAACGAAGACCUCCAGCGCGAGAGGAAUAGGUGCACCUUCAACAUUGAGGAGUUGACCAACUUCAAAGAUGGAAGUCCAGAAAAGACUAAAUUGCGGAAACAAAGAGAGAAAAUGGUCCACGACAUCGCAGAGUUCUAUGAAGGGACGCCUGAAGAAUACUUAGGUCAUAAGGAAAAAUAUGAAGAUGCUAUUAAGAAACAUGUGCCAUUCUUCAACCUAGUUCGGAAGUUAGAUAAGAAAGGAGAGUCAUUACUCGCUCAGUACAGUGACCACAUAAUAGCCAUGAUGGCAUCGACGCCGAGCCGCGACGGCACCCCACUAGGCGGCCACUGGGUGGUAUUCAUGCCGGCCAUCCUCAGCCAGGGCACUGAGGAGCAACUGGACUACUGGCUCCAGCGGGCCAGCGAUUGCAGCGUCAUUGGAACCUUCGCACAGACUGAACUGGGACAUGGGACAUUUAUCCGCGGUCUGGAGACGACAGCGACAUACGACCCUGAAACCAAAGAGUUCGUCCUACACAGCCCAACACUCACCUCCUACAAAUGGUGGCCUGGAGGAUUGGGCCACACAGCAAAUUACAGCGUGAUAAUGGCACAGCUCUACAUUAAAGGGAAGUGCUACGGUGUCCACGCUUUCAUAGUCCAAGUCCGGGAUGAAGAGACUCACAUGCCGCUCCCUGGGAUCAAAGUUGGGGACAUCGGAGCCAAGAUGGGCAUCAACGUUAUGAACAAUGGCUUCUUGGGUUUCGAUCACGUCAGGAUCCCGAGGAAUUAUAUGCUGAUGAAGCAUGCUCAGGUGUUGGAGGAUGGAACCUACGUGAAGUCUGUCCACAGCAAACUGAUCUACGGAUCCAUGGUGUUUGUGCGAGUGGUGAUCGUGUUCGACAUGGCGAACCACUUCGCCAAAGCCGCCACCAUCGCCACCAGAUACUCUGCUGUGCGGCGACAGGGUCAAAUUAAAGCAGGGGAACCAGAAGCUCCAAUAAUGGAUUACCUGAUGCAAAUGCACAAGCUGUUUGUAGGCAUCAGUGCCAGUUACGCUUUUAGAAUAACUGCGACCAAACUGUGGGAUACCUUCCAUGACAUUAAUAACCAGCUCAUUGGCGGCAACUUGGAGAGACUACCUGAGUUGCACGCAAUAUCCUGCUGCUUGAAAGCCAUCAGCACAGCAGACGCAGCGUCAUACGUGGAGCGGUGUCGGCUGGCGUGUGGUGGUCACGGGUACAUGCAGUCUUCAAACCUGCCGUUCACUUACGGCCUGGUCACCGCCGCAUGCACCUAUGAGGGAGACAACACUGUCCUUUUACUGCAGACUGCCAGGUUCCUAGUGAAAACAUGGCAGCAGAUCGACUCCAUAACUCUCACCCCUACAGUCGCCUACCUGAAGACUGCCGCUACUGACUGUAGUCCUUGGAGGAACACCGUUGAAGGCAUCAUCAGAGGAUUUGAAAUUGUUGCUAUGGGGAAAAUCUCAUCUUGUGUGAACAGUAUGAAGGCGAGAGCUGCAGCUGGUGCGUCGUUGGAAGAUGCCUGGAAUUUGACUUCCGUUCAGCUUGUAGCUGCUGCUGAGGCUCACUGUCGUGUGUUCAUAUUGACGACGUACUACGAAGAGGCGUACAGAAGAGCGGCGCAGGUGUCUCCAGAGUUGAGAGUGAUGAUCCAUCAGCUCGUAGAAGUGUAUGCUGUUUACUGGGCGUUGGAGAAACUUAGCGAUUUGCUGCGGUUCACCUCGAUUACGUCACAAGACCUUGAAAACCUGCAGAGCUGGUAUGAAGAGUUGCUGUUGAAGAUCCGUCCCAAUGCUGUCGGGUUAGUCGACGCCUUCGACAUCCCAGAUAAGAUUUUGCAAUCGACUCUGGGCGCUUACGACGGGCGCGUGUACGAGCGCCUGAUGGAGGAAGCCCUCAAGAGUCCGCUCAACCAGCAGCCAGUCAACGAUAGCUUCCACAAGUACCUGAAGCCGUUCAUGAGGGGAAAACUAUGAAGGCCCCGAUUCCUGCAGACCCCUCCUAACUUUAUUUUAAGUUACCUAUAUCCGUCAUUUUCUUAUCCACCGAAAAGGAAAGGGACGGUUGAUUGACAAUUGUCAAUUUUAAAAUGAAUGUAUAACCCGGGCGAAUAAAAUAGGCAUCUCGCUGAUAUGCAACCCGUUUGUCGUGUGCUGUCAACAUAAUUCUGUCGUGUUAUGGGACAAUAUAAAAUAUUGGGAGGGAGUUUUUAAAUUUCUACCUCGUACUUUCCAUAAAUAUUAUGCCUGUCGAUUACCCGUCCCUUUCCUUUCCGGCGGAUAAGCAAAUGACAGGUAUAACUUGAAAUAAAAUUAGAUGGUGUCUACAGAAAUUAGCACCAAUAACGUGAUAUUUUAAUUUGUAAUAGAUAAAAGGUAGUGCAACAAAAUGUGUCAUGAA